GACCGAAUCAGGCCUUUCUAUGGUUGACUGGCACCUGGUGAAAGAGAUGAAACCCCCAAGAACACAGCAGGAGUGGGAAGCAGAGUUCCAGAAGUACCAGCAGUUCCCAGAGUUUAAAAUCCUGAAUCAUGACAUGACGCUGACAGAGUUCAAGUUCAUUUGGUACAUGGAGUACUCGCACCGUAUGUGGGGCCGUGUUGUGGGUUUGGCCUACAUCCUGCCUGCCGCCUACUUCUGGCGAAAGGGCUGGCUCAGCCGCCCCAUGAAGGGCUGUGUCCUAGCGCUCUGUGGGCUGGUCUGCUUCCAGGGGCUGCUGGGAUGGUACAUGGUGAAGAGCGGGCUGGAAGAGAAACCAGACUCUUAUGACAUCCCUCGGGUCAGUCAGUACCGUCUCACAGCACACCUCGGCUCCGCGCUGGUUCUGUACUCUGCCAGCCUGUGGACAGGGCUGUCUCUGCUGCUUCCACAGCACAAGUUACCUCAGAGCCAUCAGCUCCUUCGCUUGAGACAAUUUGCUCAUGGCACUGCAGCUCUCAUUUUUCUUACUGCUCUUUCAGGUGCCUUUGUGGCAGGGCUGGAUGCUGGCCUUGUGUACAAUUCUUUCCCCAAAAUGGGAGAGCGCUGGAUCCCAGAUGAUCUUCUUGCCUUCUCACCGGUGCUGAGAAAUCUCUUUGAAAACCCUACGACCGUACAGUUUGAUCACAGGAUCUUGGUCAGUGCUGUCUUCCUGCUAUGUCUGUGUUUCUUCUUGGUUGCCUCCUGCAGCCAAGCUGUUCUUUUUGGGAUAUAG